UAACCUCUGACGUGGAGGGAACGCGUCACCUUUGGACUGAGGAACACACAGUGUCAGCUAACGCUACUCAUUAACAGGAGGCACCGGCUCAUGAGAUGGACAACAUGGUACCACAUAGGAAGGACAGACCACAGACAGACUUUCUGUACUGCUGUGGAGCCAUCACUGAGAUUCUGAAAUUUGGCUCCUGUCAAUUACACUCUGGACACAAGGUGCUUUUUCUCAUCAUUCCAGGUAACCCAGGAGUAGUGGGCUUCUACAGAACCUUCAUGCAAAGUCUUCACAGUAUGUUUGGCUACCACCACCCAGUGUGGGCCGUAAGCCAUGCUGGCCACUGUGUACCACCAGACUCCAUGGAAAUGGUUGAAGAUGUUUCCUCAGCAGCAGAGCAUGACGUGUUUGGUCUGAACGGGCAGAUUGAACACAAGCUGGCCUUCCUCAGGAGACAUGUUCCCAGAGAAACCAGCCUGGUCCUGGUGGGACACUCCAUCGGCUGCUACAUUAUUCUGGACAUCAUGAAAAGAAAUCCUGAACUCAAGAUCAUAAAAGCCAUCAUGCUGUUUCCAACCAUCGAGCGUAUGGCUCAGACUCCUCAGGGGAAGGUCAUGACCCCUGUGCUGUGUCACAUGCGUUAUGUGGCCUACCUGCCUCUCUUCCUGCUCUCUCUGCUGCCUGAGGGACUCAAAGCCAGCCUGAUCAAACUAGCGUUUGGCAACAUUCGGUCCCUGGACCACACUGUAGUCCAACCUACUGUAGGUCUGCUCAGUGGAGACUGUGCAGCCAAUGCUAUGUACAUGGGGGGUCAGGAAAUGAAGAAAGUUCUGGAAAGAGACAACAUCACCAUCAAGAAAAACCUUGAAAAGCUUAUAUUUUAUUAUGGAGCUGCAGACCACUGGUGCCCUGUUCAUUAUUAUCAUGACAUCAAGCAGGACUUCCCACAUGGACAUUUUACACUGUGUGAGAACGGGUUCCGCCACGCCUUCGUCCUGGAUGCAGGAAGGGAAGUUGCCAAAAUCGUUUUUGAAUGGGUCAGUGAAGAUUUGAGGACAUGAGACCAGAAGCUUGAAUGUCAAAUAUGAAUGUUUUGUUGAUAUAAUUGCGUAGUGUGGUUUAUAUUCAUCUUAUUUACUAUAUUUGUAUUGGUUGUCAAUGUGACUGUGCUGUGAAACAUCAACAGAUUGUAAUGUAAUCUGUUUGAGAAUGUGAUGAAACAUUUAGCCACAAAGGGUUUUAAUCACACCUUAAAACGCUUACAACCAAAUUCAUGUGUUAUCAUACAGUAUUGAUAACCAGAGCAAGUGAAGACAAGACUCAUUUCAAACUAAUUUCAUUCCAAACUUGUUCGAUAGUGGAAAAAUGAUCAAACUUUGAUCAUGCACUGUACUGACUUGAAUUGAAACGCAGAUACAAUAAGGGGUGAAACAACUACCGUGCUGAACGAGUGACGACGGGUUCAAUGGACAACGUCAAACGUUGUGUUGGUGUGUAUGGGAGCCUGCUGGAAGGAACCCACAGAAUAACCAUCUGUUUCAAUCAAUUACUCCUCCUGUGUUACAAGUGAAAUCUUGAUGAAUUGAUGUAAAACAAACGCAAAACUAUAUCAAAAUAUCUGUUUACACACUCUAGCACAACCAUUGCAGUAUAAUCUGAGUCUCUUCUCUGCAGUCUCAUGCUCACUACUUCACAAACAUGAUCUUCACUCAACAGUCUCCUGGCCCACUUCUCAUCCGUUAGUCCAAAGUGCUUUCAGCAGGAAGGUUUGUGAAGAAGUUAGCUUUCAACUGGAUAAAUGAGACUUGGAUUAUUCUGCAUGAGUUGUGAGAGUCACACAAAAUGCAAAAUCCAUUCAAGACCUGGAGCAAGUCAUAAUCCAACUGUAAUGUUUCCACUCAGUAGCAGUUCUCUUCAGCGUGUUCAGCUGUAUAGAGGGGUUGAAGAGAACAGGACCUGAGAGCUCUGCAUUGAUUGAACUUUCUGGAGCUUCAGUGAAAACAUGAUCUGUAUGUUUUGAUAUUUAACAAUUAUUCAAUUAGUUCAAUUGAAGAUGGACAUUAUCAUGUUGCAAGUAUAUAUUUCGUAAUAAAGGUAUGAAAAAUUCCAA